AUGAGGCAAUUAGAAUUAGAGAGCCUGGUCAUCUCUGACCCAUAUAUCCCUUCGAACCUUCCCAUUGACGAGAUUAUAAUGAAAACUAGCAUCGAUCCUACUUUGUCUGAAGAAAGGGUUAACUCACACUUAGUAGAGGAAUGCAGGGAGGCAUUGAGAGAGCUGGGCUCUGGCAAUGCAUCUGUCAAGAACUUCUUUAAUAGAUGGCUUGACAGGAAAUUUUCCUCUGAAUGGAGCACGGGAAGUGGUCUCAGGCAGUCGAGCCUUCUCAUUAGGAGAACGUUCUCUAUGCCUAAGGUCAAAAAACUCCUGGCUCUUGAGAGCAGACAACUGAGUCUAGUGACUGGAGCAAUGAUUGGCCGUUUAACAAACACUAAAUUGAAUAGGACUAACCAGAUGUACCAUGUGCCGCUGGUGCAGGGCACUGAUGAAACGGUUGAACACAUUCUGUUCAUCUGCAGCAACCUUGAAGAGUUAAGGAUGACAAACCUAGGAAACACAACACCCACGAUUCUUAUGGGUUGUCUAUUUGGAGCUUCCAUUUCAUCGUCCCCAUAUCAACUGCAUCCAGAUCAUUACAAAUGUUUCAACACAACAGGAGUAUUCCCGACGGACUGGCGAGAGCCAUGGCAUCAAGAAGGAAACAGUUGCGAAACAGAUGAUGGUGAGCAGUAUGUUCCAGCUACUGAAUAUCCGCAGCCAUAUCAAUCAAACGAUGCUAAGUCUGGGAAUAUGACAGUGCUUCAUUGUGGCAUCAAACAAUUGACAUAUCCAAAUACACAAAACCCUGAAGUAUUUGAUAGCACAUAUCCCCACUCCCAUCAGCAUACAGGAUGUACUUAUCCAAGUCCAGUUUAUAACAGGUCGCAUUCCCCAUUGGGUAAAAAUGGAGAGCAAGUGACCUCCACGACUUACCCCACCUCACAGUCGAACACAACUCAUAUUCCUAUCAAACAAGAACCCACAGAAGAAGGGACUGUCCGAUUAUUCGAAAAGACCAGAUGUAAUCAACCAAAAGCAGCACAUAAGAAUCAAUGCAUUGCUUUAAAUCUGAAUAAAUUGGACAAACAAACAGAAGACAGAAAAAACGAUACCAAAAUGAACAGCUUGAACAUUUCAACUGGACGUAGGGGUUCUCUCCAACUGUGGCAAUUUCUCGUGGCGCUCCUGGAUACUCCAGACGCCAGUGCUGGAUGUAUAGCCUGGACAGGGAGGGGAAUGGAAUUCAAACUGAUAGAACCAGAAGAGGUAGCCAGAAGAUGGGGUGCCCAGAAAAACCGUCCUGCUAUGAACUACGACAAACUCAGCCGCUCUUUAAGAUAUUAUUAUGAGAAAGGAAUCAUGCAGAAAGUGGCAGGCGAAAGAUACGUCUACAAAUUCGUCUGCGAUCCCGAGGCCCUCUUUACCAUGGCAUGGAACGGAACAAGUUCUGAUGGAUCCCUCAGAAAUCAUCCUGUCAGCCAUAACGACAGCAUGUGCACAAAGAACGACCAGCACCAUAUCGCUUAUACAGAUAUGCUCAAUUUUUACAACUGCGGUAUCACACACUCCUACCAGCAUCUCCAUCCUUACCUGCAAGAAUCCAAACGUCCAAGAUAUCCUUGAGAAUGGAGAUGUCAUAAUAUUCGACUGGAAGUUUCAUCUUUCUUCUGUAGGCAAAAAUGGAAAGCUUGGCGUCAGGGUUUCUCUCCUCAGUCGUAAAAAUUAUUUUUUUUCUUCUAGAACCACGUGGAAACUGAUCAAGAAGCAUUUUCCUAAAUUAAUCUAAUCUGAGACCUUAAACAAAGUUUCUUUCCCUGGAUAUUUUGCAAAGCAUUAAUUGGAACGAGUAUUUUGAUGAUAGAGUACACCAUUUUUCAGCCAGAGUAGUUCUGAAUUACGGUUGAAGUUGUUUCUGAAACAUUUAAAGAACGUAUUUCCCUUUUUUAACAAAGCUGUGAAUGAAAAUCAUUUGGAAUUUAAAGGAAAAGUGAGAAUGAAAAAGCAUAUUUCGAUUGC